GGCUGCCCCAGCGUCCCCGGAAUAGCCACCGGCACCUGCAGGAAGGGGCCGCCUGCCAGACUCGUGGCGUUGUUGAUAGAAAGUGUCUCCCGGGUGCCCAUGAAACGUAGUUCGGUGCUGUGUUCCCGCUGGUGAAUGCGCAGUUGUCUAAAGCUGCGCUGUAAAGUCUGGUCCUGUUUGAUUGCAAACAGGUAGCCUGGUGCAGUUUCUCUGCGUGACUCAAUCCAAUUUCUGUUCAUAAUUUAGCGUUAUAUGUUCUUAACGCUGUUGCCGGUCUUCUGUGGAAGAUUUCUCCCUCUGCGGUGUUGUAGAUAAUAAUAAAUUCCUUUGGUUUAUUUUCACCUUUGCGUGAAGAAAAUGGUGCUAGUCAAGUUAGUUUCUUAUAGUGAAAUGUGUAUAAUUGGGAUUUUAGUUUUCUCUCUUACAAACAAAACUGCACGGAUUUGUACAGCCCAUCUGGUCUGCCUGUAUGUAUGUGACCAACACGUUUUUUAACUUCCACGAAUCAUUUUUGUUGUCACUCCUUUAGUGCGUAUGUAUGAGUGUCGUGACACUGGUGAGAUAUUAAGGGAAAAGCACAAAAAACAGAACUGUAACUUGAACCUUUUACCAGGGCUAAAGGAUGUUGCCUGUAAUUCUUGUCUAUUACUCACAAGUAUAUUGUUAAAGUUGCUGAAAAUACAUCAAUUCUUGAUGGUUCAAGUGAGCAACUUUCAUUGCAUUUGGGUAUAAUGUAAUAAACUGUAAAUUCUGUAAUAAGCAUGCUCUUUGACAGGAUAGACAACAUGCUAGAAAUUGGUUUAGAUGGCAAGUCCUCUUAGAGAUUUUUUUGGUCAUAGUUCCCUUUUUGUGGUCUGGGGUAGAGGGAGUGAAAACCAGACAAAACUGAAAAUAUCUAUGCAGUUGGUAUUUUGUGUGCACAGAAUGGCAAAGUGUGAGGGUAACUGUUGGUGCUGCUGAAUAGAGAGUAUACAUGCAUUGUCAGAGGCCUCCAUAAAUACUAUUAAUUGCUCUUUUGGGACAAGAAUUACUCUUAAUUGAACAAUUAAAUAGUUAGGUGUGUUUUUCUGCUAGUUUAAAAAUGGAAGCACAACUCUGACGUGCCAACUUUUGUGUUCAGUACGUUUGAAGGUAUUUUACUGUUUACUAUGUAUAUGCUUCUGAUACACUGCUGUAUAGUUUUUCUUUUAAAUAAUAAAUUAGGCCCUGUCUGUAACUGGGUUUUUUUUGGCAUUGGAAAAUCCAGAGCCAGUGCCCCACUGGCUCUUCACUGUAUUUAAAAGUGAUUAAAAGGUGGAACACAGAUCACUGAAAUGCUGUCUCGUUCCUUGGAAAACAAUAUGAAACCUUAUGACAAAAGCAGAACAGCAAAGUAAAGCAUCUAGUUUACCUAGAUUUCAUUACUCAGAAAAGUAAUUAAAAUGGCUUUUUUAAAUUUCAGACUCAAAUGGUGUGAACUCAGAGUUCAGAUGUACAUAUGUGAAUUUUAUUUGUUUAACUUGAGGUUAGUGGAGUGCUUUAGGUUAAUAUGAAAUAUCGUAUUUGCUUUUUGAAAAGCCAUAGUGUCUUACAUAUCCCAGUUAUAUUUAAGACACUGCCAUAAAAAAACCCAUAUGGGAAUUAUGUUUUUCUUUAAAAUGUGGUCUAUAGCUCUGGGAAAUUGUUAUUAGUGUAACUGUACAUUUACCAAAGCAAGCAAAAAUGUCAGUGGGGAAAGGAGAGCAUGUAAUUCUCCUUCAAGCAAAAUAGUUCAAGUUUUUUUUACACCACCACAAUUUUCUCUGCUGGAGAUCAUAUGCAUAUAAAGAAGUCUGAGAGAAAUCUGUCUAGCUGCUAUUACUGUGCUAGUCUACAUUUUCCACACAGACCUUGACUGUGUGAAUCUUCUGUUUGGAGAUGUGUAUAAAUUUGUGUCAGGAUUUAUUCUGGAGAUAUUACUACUGGAAAAUCUCACAGCAUUAACUGUUCUGCUGCUCCAAUGAGACCUGUAUGUCUCAAUUCUAAAUUUCUUCAAGAAGGAAAACUAUUUUAGAGGUUUGCAUAAGUUUAGAAAAUCUGUCUCAGUAAGUUGGUGUCAAAUUGCAAAGCAUGAAAAAUCCAUGUGUGGGAAAAACUCAGAAAACUGCUAAAAUUGCAAGGCAACUAAGGUGGCAUAGAAGAUUGUGGGUUUUGCCCAGUUUUAAAUCCUGCUAUGGAUAAAAUUUCAAAUAAAUGAGGAAUACAUACUUUCUGUGAUUUCAGGUUUUUGUCCACAUGGAUGUUUUGUCAGUGUGCUUACAGUGAUGGGAUGGAGUAAAGAAGCUACUUCUGUGGGCUGAAAUACUGGAACAUGUAUUGGUGCUCACCUGCCAGCUGGUCACACUUCAUAUCCAUGCAUUUAGUGUGUGGCUGCUGUGUGUUCAGAGGCACCUGUGCAUGAGGAGAAGUUUGUUCUAUGGCCUCGGAGCUGGGUGACAGGGAGGAUGGCAGCUGCUCAGAGCUGGCAAAACCCCUCUAUCUGCAGUACCUGGAGAAAGCUCUGCAACUGGAUCAGUUCUUACGACAGACGUCUGCCAUCUUUAACAGGAGUAUAUCCAGUGAUGAAAGUGAAGAUGGAUUGGAUGACAAUUCUUUGCUGCCUCAGUCUGGGGAUCCCCUGAUUCAAGUUAAGGAAGAGCCUCCAGACUCCUUGCUUGGAGAGUCUUCUGGAGCAGGGAAUUCUGGGAUGUUGAACACACAUUCCCUGAAUGGAGUACUCCAGCCAGAACCAAAGUCUGAAAAAGGGAGUUUGUAUAAUUUUUCCAAACUGAAGAAAAGCAGAAAGUGGCUGAAGAGUAUCCUUCUGAGUGAUGAUUCCAGUGAUACAGAAUCACCAAGUGAUGAGGAUGGAGACGAGGAAGAAGAAUUUACUCUUUCAAGGGAAGAACUUCAUGAUAUGCUGCGAUUACACAAGUAUAAAAAAUUGCAUCAAAGUAAAUAUAGCAAAGACAAAGAGUUGCAGCAGUAUCAGUACUACAGUGCGGGGCUGCUCUCUACCUACGACCCCUACUACGAGCAGCAGCGCCACCUGCUAGGGCCCAAGAAAAAGAAGUUUAAAGAAGAGAAAAAAAUAAAAGGCAAGUUGAAAAAAGUAAAGAAAAAGAGAAGACGGGAGGAGGAACUCUCUUCAGAGGAGUCACCACGACGCCACCAUCAUCAGACCAAAGUUUUUGCCAAGUUUUCUCACGAUACACCACCACCUGGGCCCAAGAAAAAGCAUUUGUCUAUUGAGCAACUUAAUGCACGUCGGCGGAAAGUGUGGCUUAGCAUUGUUAAGAAGGAGUUGCCUAAGGCAUACAAACAGAAAGCUUCAGCUCGUAACCUCUUCCUAACCAACAGCAAAAAGCUUGCCCACCAGUGCAUGAGGGAAGUCCGUAGAGCUGCUAUUCAAGCGCAGAAAAACUGUAAGGAAACUCUACCACGAGCGCGUCGUCUCACCAAGGAGAUGCUUCUCUACUGGAAAAAGUAUGAAAAGGUGGAAAAAGAGCAUCGGAAACGUGCUGAGAAGGAGGCUCUGGAGCAACGCAAGCUGGAUGAGGAGAUGAGAGAGGCUAAGAGACAGCAGCGAAAACUUAACUUCCUGAUAACACAAACUGAAUUAUAUGCCCAUUUUAUGAGUCGUAAACGAGAUAUUGGACAUGAUGGGAUACAGGAGGAAAUCCUGCGUAAACUGGAGGACAGCUCUACCCAAAGGCAGAUUGAUAUUGGUGGAGGAGUAGUGGUCAACAUCACCCAAGAGGAUUAUGAUAGCAACUAUUACAAGGCCCAAGCUCUGAAGAAUGCUGAGGAUGCUUACCAGAUUCAUCAAGCCCGGACCAGAUCAUUUGAUGAAGAUGCAAAAGAGAGUCGGGUAGCUGCUCUACGGGCUGCUAACAAGUCCGGUACUGGGUUUGGAGAGAGCUACAGUUUAGCAAACCCAUCUAUCCGAGCAGGAGAAGAUAUUCCACAGCCUACCAUUUUCAAUGGAAAACUGAAAGGUUAUCAACUGAAGGGCAUGAAUUGGCUGGCCAACCUAUAUGAGCAGGGCAUCAAUGGAAUCCUGGCAGAUGAAAUGGGUCUGGGUAAAACAGUACAAAGUAUUGCUCUCCUUGCACAUCUGGCUGAGAGAGAGAACAUCUGGGGACCUUUUUUAAUAAUUUCACCUGCCUCUACUCUGAACAACUGGCACCAGGAGUUUGCCAGAUUUGUACCUAAAUUUAAGGUACUACCUUACUGGGGAAAUCCCCACGAUAGAAAGGUGAUCCGAAAGUUCUGGAGUCAGAAGACAUUGUAUACUCAGGAUGCUCCUUUCCACGUGGUAAUUACCAGUUACCAGCUGGUAGUGCAGGAUGUGAAGUACUUCCAGCGAGUGAAGUGGCAGUAUAUGGUGCUGGAUGAAGCACAAGCACUCAAGAGUAGCUCCAGUGUUCGUUGGAAGAUCCUACUGCAGUUCCAGUGUCGAAACAGAUUGUUAUUGACUGGGACCCCAAUCCAGAACACAAUGGCUGAGCUGUGGGCCCUGCUGCAUUUUAUCAUGCCAACACUGUUUGAUUCCCAUGAAGAGUUUAAUGAAUGGUUUUCUAAGGACAUAGAGAGCCAUGCAGAGAACAAAUCUGCUAUUGAUGAAAACCAGCUAUCCCGUUUGCACAUGAUCCUGAAGCCUUUCAUGCUGAGAAGAAUCAAGAAGGAUGUGGAAAAUGAACUUUCAGAUAAGAUUGAAAUUCUCAUGUACUGCCAGCAGACAAGUCGACAGAAGCUCUUGUACCAAGCUCUGAAAAAUAAAAUCUCUAUUGAUGACCUCCUUCAGUCAUCAAUGGGCACUACUCAGCAAGCACAGACCACCACUAGUAGUCUCAUGAAUCUAGUCAUGCAAUUUAGGAAGGUGUGCAAUCACCCAGAGCUGUUUGAGCGACAAGAAACUUGGUCUCCAUUUCACAUCUCCCUAAAGCCAUACCAGAUUUCCAAGUUCAUCUACCGUCAUGGACAGAUCAGGGUUUUCAACCACUCACGGGACAGGUGGUUACGGGUUUUACUUUCGCCAUUUGCACCAGACCACAUCCAGCAGUCUCUCUUCCACAGGAAGGGCAUCAAUGAAGAAAGCUGUUUUUCUUUCCUCCGGUUUAUUGAUGUCUCUCCAGCAGAAAUGGCAAACCUUAUGAAUCAGGGACAUUUAGCCAGAUGGUUAGCUCUUUUCCUGUCUCUGAAAGCAUCCUACAGGCUCCAUCACAUGCGCUCCUGGAUGGAGACUGAGGAGGACAAAGAGCAGGGGUCUUGUUUUCUGACGAACAGGGAUUUCUUGCUUGAUGUAAAUUUCCCGCUAUCUUUCCCUAACUUGCACAGCUGCACUUUGCUGCAGAACCUCGUGUUCAGCAGCCACUGUAAAGCAGUUACUGGCUAUUCAGACCAUGUCAUAUAUAGAAGGAGAUCAGCUACCUCAUGUGUACGAUGCUGCCAGGUGACGGAGCUGCCGUCCUUCCUGUGCAUAGCCAGUCCACGGGUAACAGCUGUGCCACUGGAAUUCUACUGCAAUGACAGAAGUGCAGAAUACGAGCGCAGGGCACUAAGGGAAGGAGGAAGUGUUGAAGCAAAGCAGUGUGUACUCCAUGGAUCUCCUGAGCUAGCAGCUGACUGGCUGAAACAGUGCUCUCAGUUCUUCCCAGAGCAUCCAGGAGGACUGUUAGGGAUCAGGCCUCAGAAUGGCUGGUCUUUUAUCAGGAUACCAGACAAAGAGAGUCUGAUCACUGACAGUGGAAAACUUCAUGCUCUUGAUCUUCUGUUGACACGGCUGAAAUCUCAAGGACACAGAGUUCUCAUUUACUCCCAGAUGACGCGGAUGAUUGACUUACUGGAGGAAUACAUGGUUUAUAGGAAACACACCUACAUGAGAUUGGAUGGCUCUUCAAAGAUUUCUGAACGAAGGGACAUGGUAGCAGAUUUUCAGAACAGGAAUGAUAUUUUUGUGUUCCUGUUAAGUACAAGAGCUGGUGGCUUGGGCAUUAACCUUACAGCUGCAGAUACGGUAAUUUUCUAUGACAGCGAUUGGAACCCAACAGUAGACCAGCAAGCCAUGGACCGGGCCCACAGGCUGGGUCAGACCAAACAAGUCACCGUGUACCGCUUGAUUUGUAAAGGCACCAUUGAGGAACGCAUCCUACAGCGGGCAAAGGAAAAGAGUGAGAUUCAACGAAUGGUAAUUUCAGGUGGUAAUUUCAAACCUGACACCUUGAAGCCAAAAGAGGUGGUCAGCCUUCUGCUGGAUGAUGAGGAACUAGAAAAGAAAUUGCGUCAGCGUCAAGAAGAGAAGCGACAGCAAGAGGAAACAAAUCGUGUGAAGGAACGCAAACGUAAAAGGGAAAAAUAUGCUGAGAAGAAGAAGAAGGAAGAUGAAUUGGAUGGGAAGAGAAAGAAGGAGAACAUGAACCUUGUGAUCCCAUUUGUUCCCUCAGCUGAUAACUCCAACCUGUCUGCUGAUGGGGAUGACUCUUUCAUUAGUGUAGACUCUGCCAUGCCCAGUCCUUUCAGUGAGAUAUCCAUCAGCAGUGAAUUACAUAUGGGCUCUAUCCCUCCUGAUGAGAGCAGUAAUGAUAUGCUUGUGAUUGUGGAUGAUCCAGCUUCUUCAGCACCUCAGUCAAGGGCAACAAACUCUCCUGCUUCCAUUACUGGCUCGGUUUCAGACACCGUGAAUGGCGUUUCAAUGCAAGAUUCAUCUCUCGCUGCCAGAGGCCAGUCAAGUCGAAGCCGGGGUCGUCCCAAGGGCGGCUCCAAAGGUGGCACUGGGAAAGGCAGGAGUCGGAAGUCAAUAGCGGGGAGCGCAGCGGCGAUGGCAGGGGCCAAGGCCGGGGCAGCGGCGGCCUCUGCGGCGGCGUACGCAGCCUACGGGUACAACGUCUCCAAAGGCAUGUCUGCAAGCAGCCCUCUACAAACAGCAAUCAUUCGGCCUUCCGGACUUGCAGAUUUUGGACCUUCAAGCGCCUCUUCUCCUUUGAGCUCCCCUUUGAGCAAAGGAAACAGUGUCUGUGGGACCCCCAAAAGUUUAAACCUGACCAGCAGUCUCAUAUCAGAAACUUCAAUUCGGAAGCAAAGCAAAGGUGCCCACACCUCAGGUGGUCGGUAGUAUAUUGAACCCCCAAAGCUUGUCUGAACUGUGUUGGCUUUCAGAGUAGACCACCCUGCCAGUCAAAGGCAUGCUAACAAUGCCUUGCUGCUGUCCAGCACAUGCGUGGAAAGAAAAUCAAAGCACAAUGGGAGUGGGUGGUAUAUGUGAGCACUUUGAUUAUGUGUAUUCCAAAAAACUAUCUUUGCAGACACUGCAAGAAGGAGGGAAGGGAGUCUGGGGUAAGAAAGCAUCCAACUACUCCAUGCAAUAUCCUGCAGCUGUGUGUGCUUGGAAGUCACACCAGUAUACUUCCUCUCUUAUAGCCUGAGUUGGAGCCCAGCAUUAAUUUUGUUCUGUGAAAUCAGUAUCUGAACCCCAGGAAAAUCCUGUAGAGUCACAAGACAUUUCUGUCCUGGCAGCUGGUCAGUGAACAUGCAGGAGUAAUUGUGGGCUAUGCUGAAGAUGCUGUGUGAUCAAAAAAAAUUCUUGGAUUCUUCUGGUGUGGGUCUCUGGGUUCUUUAAAGACUUGAAAUUCAAAGGAAGGUGUCUCAGGUGGUUUUCAGGGAGUGGACUCUUUACAGCAUCAUUGGUCAGGAAGCUGUUCAGAGCUGCAGAAUACAGGGAGCGCUGUCAGGCCUCAUGAGAGCAGCAGCACAGCCUCUGCUUCACACAGUGGAAGAAACCAUAGGCCAGUGAUUGGUUUGCAUUUCAGAGUUCUUGUCAGCAUGAACACUUAACGUGUUCAGCAUGAUUUCUCUCAUUUUUGUGGUGUGCAGAAUUCUUAAAAGCUUAGAAACAAAAUAAUGCUCUAUUUGUACAAAUCUGGAGAAGGAGGAAAACUGAAGUGCUGAGGAGGCGUUUGUGCUGCUUCUCUCACCAUGCCGUAGCAGAGCAUGGAUCUGCAGCUUACAGUGCUGUGAGAGGAGCAAUGAAAAACAAUCCUGAGAGAGAACUGUGCCAUUCCCCCUUCCAGCCAAAUCCUGGGGAAAAAAUUGUCUCAUAUCCCAGCCAUCCCAUUGACUGUUCUUGCAAUGUGUUUUCCCUUCAUCUUUGUGAUCAUCACACAUACUGGCGUGGUUGAGUUCACUGCAGUGUGCGGGCAGUAGCCGUGUCCCACGAGGCUGGUAGAAGGCAGUGCUGCCAGCACCCAUCCAUGUUCUUGUUCCCUGGUUGCUCCUUCCCCGUUCUUGAUGCACAAACCCUGCCCGUAGCCCCUUGCUUUGCUGUAAGCGUUGUCUGCAUUGCACUGAGAUUUAGGUGUGGGACAGUUGUUCUGUCUCACACAUUGAAUUAAGAGGCUGUUCUGCCGGGGCACUUUCAUCCCUUGAGAGAAGCAAGUUGAGUUGCAGGUCUGGGCUGUGACAGUGGAAGAUGAUUUCUUUUUUUAUUAUUAUAAUUUUUUUCUGACCCCAAAUCCUUUGCCUGGCGUCCUACAGUGUAGACCGAGUGCUUCCUGUUGGUUCUGCCUCUAAUUUGCACACCUGAAAAUAGCAGAACUGAGCUUAGUUAGAUUGAUUUUUGAACAGAUUUGCAGGGGAUAAUUGAGGGGGAAGUGAUGUUUAAUUAACUCAUGAAGACUUCCCCCAUCCCCUUCUAUUCACAUGUAUAUAUGAUAUUUAGAGGGAAUCAGACAAAUGCCAAGCCUUUUUUUCUCUUUGAAUGUGCUGUCUAUUUUUGUAACUGAACUUGUACAUAUGUAUAAAGAGAGACACAUCUUUCUUUUACUAACUGGAGGAGAAAAUCUUAAAUAAAAUGGAGUGAGAUAAUUUUAUGUAAA